AUGAGAUGUGUGAAGCAACUGGAAAGGUUUAUCAGGCUGAAGUCAGAGCAGCAAGACAGUGUUACUGAUAGUUGUUUGCCUGGUGUGGAAGAUGGCGUCAACAAGGAUUCUUCCACGCUGGAUUUUGGGAACCUGGAGCAGACCAGGGCCUUGGUUGCAUCACUUGAGACAUGUUUGAGGUUCUCAAAGUGCAUAUCCUCCAUAAUGCCGACUCUGGUCCAAUUGCUGGCUCCAUCUUCUGCCACUGAAGUUAAGAACACGAUUCUUCUUUUGCUAAUGAGGUGCAGACAGUUCCAAAUUGAUGACUCUGAGACCUAUCUCCGAAAAAUGUUGCCACUUGUAUUUUCGCAGGACAAGUCUAUCCAUGCAACCGUUAAGGAUGCAUUCAUCACAAUCUAUUUGACGAGAAACCCUACAGAAACUGCUGCAAAUCUAUUGAGCAUUGCUAUAGAAUCUAGUAUCGGCAAUUUAGCAGCUCUAGAAUUUAUAGUUGGUUCCUUAGUAUCUAAGGGGGAUAUUUCUACAAGCACGCUUAGGAACAAGACCCACAACCUCUGCAUGCGCUGCGGCCGCGGUAGCUACCAUCUGCAGAAGAGCAGAUGCGCCGCUUGUGGCUAUCCUGCUGCCAGGAACCGCAAAUAUAACUGGAGUGUGAAGGAAAUCUGGCGCAAGACUACUGGAACUGGAAGGAUGAGGUAUCUCCGUCACUUGCCUCGCAGAUUCAAGAGCAAUUUCAGAGAAGGUGCCCAAGCAGCUCUAAGGAAGAGCGCUGCUGCUGCUUCGUUUUAA